UUUUAUUUUCUGCGGUCUGUCUGCUCAGUUCGGCACUUUGUUAAGUACCUUCCAAUUACUGAUCGUGCUCCGCGUUUACGACUUUCGGCUAAAAGACUUGAAAAAAAUGCCCAGCUUCUUGCUGCUCAGAAUACAACCGAAGUCGAACUCGUAGAUUCAAGUCCCUCGAUUGACAGCAGGUGGAAUUACUUAUCCCAGGCGAGCCGAGUCCCUGUGGAUAGUCAGUGUCCCUCGUCGUCACCAGUGGGACCUUCUCAGUUAGAAUCAACAACAGACGCCCCUGUCGUCCACUACGUCGGCGACCUUCCUUCCGAACAUCCAUCCUCUGGAGAAGAAGUAAAUGACACUGAAUUUGCGCACUAUCGGAAAACACCGGCUAUUUUCGCGUUCGAUUCGGUAUGUGGGGCAUUCAAGCAGCACCAAACGGAAAUGGAAGAUUGGGUUUUUGAGGAUGCGGACAUAGGAAGUAAAGGACUUCGGCGAAUCCGAGCUCGAUGUGAUGCUUGGCUCGCAGAAUCUAUUGAGUUCUUUGGACAGUCGCCUGGAAGUGUUUCAGCAUGCUCAAAGGUCGAUUCCCUUGAGCACGAAACACAAAAGUCAGCCUCACUUGUCUUUGCUGACGAAUCGGCUUCGCAAGUCGUCGCCAAUGCCGUAUGUACAGUACCACCGGACCCACGAUCCGAUUCAGAGCGAAUCAAACAGUUGGAAACGGAGCUGGCUCUUCUUCGCUCCCAGUUGGCCAAAAUUGUCCUCCUUCAGGAGCGCGACCAACUCGGCUUCUCUACUCCCGCAAGGAGAGAAGGUGAAGUAACCCGAGAAGAAACCUACCGAGUGAUUAAUGUUGUCAGACGCAGUACCACUUCCACUUCGGUAAUGACUGAUCCCGUUUGUCGAGUCGCGGAGGAUGGCAUGAGCGACUCCGGUGUAGUGGAGAGCUCAUCUUGUCUCGAUCAAGGACUCCCCCCUCCGCCUCCCUCUCCCUUCUUCACUCCGGUACUUCAAGGGGUUCCGCCUCCUCCUCCUCCGCCACCUCCACCACCACCACCACCGCCUUUAGUUGACUGGCGAGCCAAACUUCUAGAAAAAAAGGGUCAAAACCCUGCCAAGCAGCCGCAGGUCAACAGUCCCGCUGUCGGUGACAUGUCCCAGGUGUUGAAGGAGUUGACGUCGGGCGCCAUCAAGCUGCGGUCUGUCCGCCGGUCGGCUGGAGGCACACCGAUUCGCAGUCGCCCCGCGGAUUGCGAGAACACCGCCAGAAUUGCUAUGAAAUCAGUCCGUAUGUUUUGUUUUAAACUUUCCUGCCUCGACAACAGCGGACUCGACAGUCCAGCACAACUGAUUGCGCGAGCGCUGAAGGCAAAGUUUGCCAACAUCCGUUACGAACUCGACAGUCCGGAGAGUCCGACCGGCGGCGACGAAGACCACCCACCCAACUCUUCAUUCUACGUCCUUUUUGUAGCUGUUUGGACGACACCUGUUGCGCCCAGUCAACAGAGACCACCUACCGUCUCCAGUGCUCUCGGAGAUGAGUUUCAACACGCCCCAAUCCAAACCCCCAUCCUAGUCGACAGAUUAUUUAUUUCGCCUCCUCUUUUUCCUCUGAACCUCUCACUUGACCCCCUCCCUCACCCGUACGAGCGUUUCCUCACCCCUCUGUGA